UAAAGCAUGAAAAAAGUAAAGGGCUGUUAAUCAUUCCGGAUGCACUAUGCCACCCGUGCCUGUCCUCCACCAUGUGUGAGAGGAUGACGUUCAAGAUCCCUCGCUGCGCAGUUGUAUCACAUUGUUUUAGAGGGCAACAAAUGCAAAGCGACAUUUUUUGUUGUUGUUUUUUUUUACUGCCAAUUUGCUCUCGGCACAUCGGAGAGAAGACAGGAAGCUUGUUGGCAUGUAGCACGUUCGGCUAGCGUUGGCAGGACGGCGCGGUCUCGCCUAACAACACGGCGCUGAGUCGCAGCGUGGAAGAAAGCAAAGGUCGCCUGUAAAAUCUUGUUUUUUGUGGAGGAACUAACGCGGUCCGAACGCUAGGCGACAGGCCGCGUAUGGAGCCCGGGACCUCGCGUGAAACUCGGACCGACGCAGGGUGCCAUAAACGGGCGGACAUGCGAGAGAACACGCCGGGGGAGGAGGCGAAAGGCGGGAAUGGCGGCACUGUGAUGCUCAGGCGAAGAGGCGGAGACGAAGCUGUAAAGUUGAAGGAUGAGAAAUGUGAAUAUGGCGGAGAGGUUGAGGACCAGGUGAAACGUGAUGAUGAGGAUGUUGGUAAAUACGAGGAGGAACUGGACCCGAGAAUUCAGGAGGAACUGGAGCACCUCAACCAGGCCAGCGAUGAGAUCAACAAGCUUGAGCUUCAGUUGGAUGAUGCAAGGUCCAGCUACAGGAAGAUCCUCACAGAUUCUGCCAGGAAGCUGAAUGCUCAGGGUUCCCAGCUGGGUGCCUGCAUUGAAAAAGCGAGGCCUUACUACGAAGCACGCAGGUUGGCCAAAGAGGCACAACAGGAGACCCAGAAAGCUGCUCUCAGGUAUGAGAGGGCUGUGUCCAUGCACACUGCUGCCAGAGAGAUGGUGUAUGUAGCAGAGCAAGGACUGUUGGCUGACAGGAACACAAUGGACCCUACCUGGCAAGAGAUGCUCAACCAUGCUACAGCUAAGGUAAACGAGGCUGAGGAGGAACGCUUUCGGAGUGAGCGAGAACACCAGCGGGUCACGCAGCUCUGCCAAGAGGCUGAGGCACGAGUGCAAACCCUCCAAAAAUCACUAAAGAAAGUCAUUCUCAAGUCCAAACCCUACUUUGAGCUAAAGGCUCAAUUCAACCACAUUCUGGAGGAACAUAAGGCCAAAGUUGUGCAACUGGAGGAGCAUGUGUCAAAAGUGAAAACGCGUUACUCUGUGGCUCUGCGAAACCUUGAACAGAUCAGUGAGCAGAUCCAUGCACAGAGAGGGCGAAUCCAAGUCAGCAGGGGGCGACCAUCUGUAUGCGGUGGACGGAGCUCUCCGGUUGGCGCUGAAGCUGAUAUCAGAGUUGCUGUCGGAGUUCCGCUACAUAGCGUUGUGGGAGCAAGUGAGAUAGAGAGCGACUGGGUUGACAAUGAAAAAACUAGGCUGUGGGUGGAGAAGCACCGGGAGAGUGGUUGGGGCCACAGGGAACAGCUGGUGGGGGAGCAUGGCGGUUCAGACCGCUUGUCCAUCAUCAGUCUGCAGACCAUUGUUUCAGACCUGGAGAAAUGCGACUCGGUUGAUCACCUCGGUGACCUCAGCGAUGUUGGCAGUGUGCUUGGGGAGGUGUGGGACUGGAGCAAGAAGAAUACGCUCAAGCCUGGCAAUGUGGUGGAAGUGGCAGACAGACUCCAGCAGGCUAAGACCCACCAGCAGAUAGCAGCUGAUGGCAUAAAGAAGCAGGAGAGCUUCAUCAAGCAGCACCACAGAAGUGUCAGUGUCUAAUGUUUGGACAAAGCUGUUGAAUGAUUAGGAUGAACUUAUUAGUAACUUGAGUGUGGACAAGACAACAACAAAAAAGUUACUAUCCAUUUGGUUAACUUCUGGAUUUUUUCCAAUACCUAUUUAUUCAGUAACACUGUCUCUUAAAGCCCUUUGUGUCCAUUUACACUUUACAGUUACCGUAUUUCUCUGCAAGCACUCUUUUGUUGUAAAUUCAUCUAUCGCGGCACAUGCUUGUAUUCAGGUAGAUGUUACUAUGCUAUGGACAAAAUAUUAAUACAUUGCAUGUAAAACUUAGCACAGAUAUGCCUCAUUGCGCCACCGCACGCAGGCACCCUGCAAAACGCUCUCCAAACUGGUAACUUCUGCUGGAUGACACACAAGUUUCUGGAAAACGUGAAGAACAAGGGGCUUUGUAAUCUCUGGAAACAGGCAGGAAGUUGGAAAGAACAACAAAGUGAGUCAUGGAAAAGUGAUAGAAAGUUGGGACGGGAAAAGAGUGCUGGAGACCGACAGAGGCGCUGAUGGACCCUAAAAUUCCUGGGAGUCUGUUUGGAGAGUAGGCCACAAAAAACGUUAUAGAGGCAUGACGGUUCAAGUCACCGCCAAAUGACAGGAGAUCUUUGACAAAUUUCGAAGCGGAUGUCAGGGUCACAAUUCCACUACAGUUUCAAUGAACCAGCAGUGAAAAUUAACGAGCUCAGAAACCUUUAAAGAUUUUUUUUUUAUAUCAGAGUAGGCAAGGUGAUAACAGCCAUCUUGGCAGGUUCAGCUCUUAGUUGAGUCCACAAUAAACUCCAAGGAACCUACAUACCCAGCAUUAGAAAAACAUUUCUCGGACUUAAAAAAAAGGCGGUUAUCCAAAGCCUUUGUAACACGAGCCAAGCAUGCAGUUCCUGAAGUGAAUGAGAGAACAUAAGAAUGUUAUUGAGCUAAACAAAAAACAAGUGUUUUAACGUGUUUACAUCUCCCUCCUUGAUGAGAACAAUGUUACAUUAUAUGUGCCGCUUAAUCCAGCCUGCUAGUAUUUGCACUUUUCAACAAAAAAGAUACCUGCGCCAACCAAGGCUGACCUCUCCGACAGUGUUUAAUAAAUAAAACGGAUCUUACGUGUAUUUUUUAAUUAAUAAUUCUCUCUUCUUUUAUCAGAUUUUUCCAAGAUUCUGCAAGUGUUCUUCAUGAAGUGUUU